CUAAUCCCAAGAGAGAUGUUGGACUUCAACUCCCAGAAGCCUCCGCCAUGUUGGCCAAUAGUGUGGGAUUCUGGGAGCUGGAGUCCAGGCUUCAAGGGCCCAGUUUGGGAUGACUGUGAGGCAAGGCAUGAACAAAGAUGCCGUUUCCCCCUCAUAAUUCCCCUGCUCAGGCCGCCCUCGAGGGCUUUAGCGCGGGCGCCGCCGGAGGAGGAGGAGGAGGCCAGGGCCAGGCCGAAGCGCGGCCGAGUGGCGGCGUCGGCGUCUGAGGCGAUGACUAGGCCUCCUGCAGCUGCCCUUCCUCCUUCUCCUCAGGCGGUGCGCCUCCUACGACUAGGCCGCGCGGCCUACUCGGCUUCGCUGGCGGCCCAGGAGCGCUGCGUCAGGCGGCAGAGGGAGGGAAGGGAGCCCGCGGCGGGGAGGCUGCUGCUGUGGGAGCCCGAGGGCCCGGUCUACACGGCGGGGCUCCGGGGCCUGGCCUCCUCGUCCUCCUGGGCCUCGGCGGAGGAGGAGGCCCGACUGAGGGCUCUGGGCGCCGGCUUCGAGCGCGUCCCCCGCGGCGGCCUGCUGACUUUCCACGGCCCCGGGCAGCUGGUGGCCUAUCCGGUGCUGGACCUGAGGCGCUUCGGGCUCCCGCUGCGGGGCUACGUGGGCGCCCUGGAGGCCCUGGGAGUAGGCCUCUGCCGCCGCCUCGGCCUCGGCCUCGCCUCCGCCAGGCCCCCGCCCUACACCGGCGUCUGGCUCGGGGAGAGGAAGGUGGCCGCCCUCGGUGUGCAUUGUGGAAGGCAUAUAACCUCGCAUGGCUUGGCUCUGAACUGCUGCACCGACCUGACUUGGUUCAAGCACAUAGUCCCCUGUGGACUGGAAGGGAAGGAGGUGACUUCCCUGAGCAAAGAACUGCAGAGACAUGUCUCCGUUGAAGAAGUUACUGAGCCUUUCCUGGAUGUAUUUCAAGAGGUGUUUAAGUGCACUUUAAUAGAUGAAUCUCCAGAAUCAAAAGACGCCUGUUUAAGAGAAUGACGGAUGCACUGUUUUUACACAUCCCUGGGAGCACAGAGUGCUUUUCCCUCCUUAAGAUGCUGAAACAUGCAACAGACUUUAUAUAAUGAGAGUUAUCCUCUGUUGUGUAAACAUGAUAUAUUGGCAAUUGCCUGCCCAAUAAAUCAUGGGAAUGUUACCUGUUUGGAGAGAGAAUUCAGGAUUCUCUGGCCCAGAAUUUUCAGUGUUGCCAAUAAAGCUACAAUUUCCAAGAAUCUAUGAUAAUUUAACUCAGCCUUUUAAAAAAUUGUGGCAUCCAUAACAGGGUUGAAACAUCUAUUUUGUAUCUGUUCAAGGGCCUAAAAUGAGACCAUGUGCCUUUGAAUGUAUGUUUGAUUCAAACACUACUGUUCCUAUUUAUCUUUUCUUGGAAAAUAAUGCAUAUAAAAAGUAAGGGACUGUAGAGGCGAUGGUGAGAGUGUAGUAAAGAUGGGGAGGAAAUCUUUCUGGAGGAAGCAAGAUUGCCGUGUAAUUCACUCUUGAGAAUUAUGGAAUAUGGUUUUCUGUCUUGGAAAAGAAUAGCCCUUGAUAAACAUUCAGAAUCCUGGUUUCUGUUUUUAAUAGCAAAGCAAGUGUGUAGUAGUCAUAUAGGAAAAUGACAGCACGAUUGUAGGAAACAGGCUGCAUCCACACUGCACAAUUAAUGCUGUUUAACACUGCCUUAACUGCCAUGGCUCAAUGCUAUGGAAUUCUGGGAUUUGUAGUUUUGUGCGAUGUUGGCUUCACUUUCAGCUCAAACUACACAUCCCAGGAUUCCAUAGGAUGGAGCUGUGGCAGAUAAAGUGGGGUCAAAUUGCAUUAAUUCUGAAGUCUGGAAGCAGUUGGAGUUAACAACUGUGUUAAUAUGUAGAAAGAUUUUGCUGUAUUUUCGACACAACAUGAAUUGGUUUUCUCUAACACACCUAAAACCCCCCAAAACUGUUUUCAUCUUUACAAAAGGUGGAACAGCUGCAAUCAUCUGUCAUCUUCUUUAGCCCCAGUAAACUAAUAGACUAAGGACA